AUGACAUCCAAUCAAGAAACAGCAGCAUUAAUCAUUGACUUCCUGAAGUCUUCAUUAAAGAAUGGAAACGUUCCUGAGGACAACAAGGAUUCAAUUGAUUUUGCCAUCGAAAGUAUUACAGAAGCUUUCGCCGUUGAGUCUUCCCAAAUUGAUACUGUCAAGGCUAAGUUUGGCAACAAAUCACUAAAUGAGCUUAUUAGCCAAUCUGAAUCACUAGAAUCAGAGAGAAAACCUGUAGCAGAAUCAACACAAAGCGUUCCUGUUCAUGUUGACGAGUCCGACGAAGAAACCAAAGAAAAGGCGGAAGCUUUGAAACUCCAAGGUAAUAAGGCUAUGGCAUCCAAGGACUUCGAAACUGCAAUUGCGAAAUAUACAGAGGCAAUCAAUCUGAUUCCAACCAAUGUUGUUUAUUUGUCUAACAGGGCUGCAGCUUACUCAUCAUCACGUCAACACGAGAAGGCUUUAGAGGAUGCUAAUAGAGCCACCGAAGUUGAACCUACUUACGCUAAAGGUUGGUCGAGAUUAGGUCUUGCCAAGUACGCCUUAGGUGACGCAAAGGGUGCUCUUGAGGCAUACGAACAAGGCUUGAAAGUCGAAGGUGCAACUCCAUCUGAUGCAAUGAAGAGAGGUUACGAGACAGCAAAGAAGAAAGUUGAAGACAACUUGAUGAGCUCCUUAGACUCAUCCAAAAAGGAAGCGCCGGGAAGUACUGACUCCAAUGGCCCUGCUGGAGGUGCUGGUGGACUACCAGACUUUUCACAGUUUGCCAAUAUGUUUGGAGGUGAAGGUGGAAUGGGUGGUCUAGCUGGUUUAAUGAAUAACCCCCAAAUCAUGGAAGCCGCUUCGAAGAUGAUGCAGGAUCCGAACGCUUUGAGUAACCUAAUGAGCAAUCCUAGAGUCAAACAAAUGGCCGAGUCGAUGGGUCUGAACGGUGGCUUGGACGACAUGAUGAACAAUCCAAUGUUGCAAAAUAUGGCCAAGAACUUUAUGGGUGGCAAUGGAGGUAGUGAAGGAAAUGAAGGUGCCGACAGUGGUCCUAAUAACAACGCUUAA